CAGUGUUCCGCCACUGUCAAGGGCAUCUGAAAACUUACGUUAGCCAAAGCUAGCAGUAGCUGUCCGCACGUGCACUUGAUAAAGAUCGAUACAGCUCCCGUUUAGGGUAACGACUCCGGUAGAAAUGGACGGGUUCGGUUCAGACUUCUCAGCCGGUGGGUCGGGCGGUAAAAUGGACACCGGCACGAUCAUGGAGCAAGUCAAGGUCCAGAUCGCGGUGGCUAACGCACAGGAGCUGCUGCAGAGAAUGACAGACAAAUGCUUCAAGAAGUGCAUAGGUAAACCAGGAAGCACGCUGGAUAACUCCGAGCAGAAAUGUAUUGCCAUGUGUAUGGACCGCUAUAUGGAUGCCUGGAACACCGUGUCCCGAACAUACAACUCCAGAUUACAGAGGGAAAGAGCUCGCAUGUGAACAUCCCUCUCUUCACCCUUCCCAUUCCCUUCCCUUCCUCAGGCUGCUGUUUAGUGAGGAAGAACACAGUGUACCCCUGGAAGCCAAGAGCUGUGCACAGGUGUGUACAGGUGUGUCAGCAGCAGCAGCAGCACACCAUCAACUUCUGUCAUAAUACCUCACAGACAGGCCGAGCAGAGCCUGUGGACUCUAGCCAUAAGAAUGUCUCUGUGGACAUUAUAAUUUCGCUCUGACGAACAGUUCAGUAACAACAUUUGAUUAUUUGUGUUUUUAUGUUAUAAAUAAUAAAUAACCUGGUUAACAAGUAAACAUGAAUUGUAGAAAGCUGCCAUUUUGGACCUGCAUGUCCAAACACAUGCCAGUCAGGAGAAUUGGAAACUCAUAAAUUUGCGUGUUGCAGUGAACAUAAAAGAGUGAGGGUGUUUGUAUGCAUGUGCUAGCCUCUGCCGAUCUUCACUGGGGCGGACCCAAUGUCUUGUGCAGUGCAUGCCGGGAUAUGUUGCAGUCCCCUCAAUGUACUGAUGCAAUGUGGCAAUCUUAAAUUAGUCAACUGCAGCACUGUGGCCUUUGUUUUUUGGAGCAUGUGUAACAGUGUGUGUUUACUGCAGACACCUUCCUGCCAUCAAACUAAGGCUGAAUGUUUCUUGUGUUCAAGAAGCUGUUUAAUUAGGACACAUGAUACCAAUUACUGUAAACAAGACUCAAGUCUCCCAGUCACUACAAUUGCUCCUUAAACACAGUCUGCAGUGUGCCCCAUGCUUGUUGCCCAUUCAUUUCAUUGUGCAUCUGUGCAGAGAGAGACUAAAUAUUUGUCCUUUUAGAAAAUAAGCAGCACAACUGGAGCCCUUAAGGGACAACCAGGCUUUCCUUAACACGCUUUUACUCUAAAAGACCUACUUAAAAAUCACCAGGAAGACUUGAGGAGCAACUUUGUGUUUUCACAACCGUGAACCUGACAUUCACAAGCCUCCAAACAGUCCUAUAUCAAAGUACGCCUGGAGAACAAAACUGUUUUGUCUGACCUGUUUUCUAGUUGUCACUCUAUCUGCCACCCUCCACAGUAGUGGGCUUGUUUCAGCAGGGUCUGCCUCGCUGUAAACGGGGUACUGAACCUUUCUCAGCUUUGUGUGCACGGUUUGUCAAAUGUCUGGGAACCACAAUCCUUUUUUUCCCCCUUUCCUGUUGAGUUUAUGUAAGGAUGUAAGAGCCAGUAAAGCCUGUGAACAUUCUUUGGGGUGUGAUUGUGAGCGAAUGGAAUGAUUUGAUCAAUAAAUCUUGUCAAUCAGG